CUUUUGAAUAACCAAAUUUUGUGAGAUGAAAAAUCGGAAAGAUUCAUGAAUAAAUGAUCAAUGAUAUAUAUGAAGACUAGAGUACUAAUCUUUUGAUUUAGUAAUUAAUAUAGACACUUUGUGUGGUUAAAUAUUUAAGUAAGAUUGUGUUAUCUUUCUUGACAACAUAAUAAUAUGUCAUAUAUACACCCCCAUGAAAUAAUUAGAUCAUGAGAAAUUUGGCAAACACAAAACUUUGGCUGGUCAAAAAUCUACAAAUAUAUGCAUGUAUAGAAAGACAUACACCUAGAGAAUUCUAACCCGUAAAACAAAGUAGUUUCCACUUUAAGUUCUCGUAAAAGUAUUUGACCCCUCUAGAGGCCCUGUAUAUAUAUAUAUAUAUAUAUAUAUAUAUAUACGGGGACAAAAACUUAAUACUUUCAACAUCUUCAUUGUCUUUCUACUCUCUCCCUAAAAAACAUGGAAACUUUAAAAAACACCAAUCUCCAAAACCCUACUACUAAACUCCCAAAACCAUUUCAACAUCACCUAGAAGAAGAAAAAGAAGAAGCACUAUCUCUCCGAGAUCUUCCCCUCAAUGCCGAGAACCCUAAUCCCGCCGCCACCCCAACCACCACCGAAGACCACCGUGAACCGUCAACGGAACUUUUUGAGUUUCUUACGUCAACCUCCUACGACGUUUCUCCGGCAGAAAACAUAAUCUUUGGCGGCAAACUCAUCCCUUUAAACUACCAAAAUGCCCUCUUUUCACCUCCCGAACACAUAAGCCCUCGAAUUCGUGCACGGUCUGAGUCCUUAUCCGCCAUACAAGGCCAUAAGCUUAACCAUCCAGGUAGUUGUUCUGUGGCACGUCGUGACAAUGCGGGACCUAUGAGGACAAGCCGUUCUUUAGAUUACCGUAAGCUCUCACGUGGUCCAACCACCGUACAUUCUCCACUGGAAAACAUUUCACCGGCUAAAAACACGACGAAGGCUGAAACGGCGUCGUCGGGAAGUGGAAAAUGUGUAAGGCCAAGAUGGUAUGUGUUCAUGUUUGGAAUGGUUAAGUUCCCUCCGGAGAUCGAACUCAAGGAUAUCAAGAGCCGCCAGGUUCGCCGGAAUAUUCCACCGGUUAUGUUUCCAUCUCCUUCUAACCGGAGAUCUCGGAGAUCUCGAUCACCGUCACCGUCACCUUCACCUUCUUGGAGGUUUCUCAACGCUUUAAGUUGCAAGAAGCCCACAAGCGUGGCUGCUACGGCGCCGUUUUGGAUUUCCCAUCCAUAAAUUACUAUAUUAUCCCUAUGAACAUUGUGUGCGGUACUUGCUUUGCUGUUGUUUAAAAAGGAUAGGAACGUCAUUUAGUAUAAGAAAUAUCGAUAUUGUUUAAUUUAUUUUGUGAAAGAAUGUCGAUAUUGUAAUUUAUUUGGUGAAUCGAUAAUAGUUUGGACCAUAAUAUAUCUUAUUCACACUUUUUUUCUUUUUCUUUGAUUUUUUCGUUAUUCUGUAUUUUGUAUUUCAGCUCAUUUGUUAGAAUAUUUCAAUAUAUAUUUUAAUAUAAUCGU